AUGCUUCCAACGACACUAGCCCCGUUAAUUUUCUUGCGCCUUACUGUGGAAACGCUACAUACAACCCUAACAGUGCGACCUGCAGCAUUUACAGAACCAAAUCUAAAUUUCGUGCUUGACACCCUAUCUUCAAAUGCAUCUCGGACAGACACCAAUGGCUUCUAUAAGUUCAGUACUGGCGAUGACCCUUCUAACACGGUCUAUGGCCUCUUUUUUUGUCGAGGCGAUCUCAGCGCUGAUGUUUGCAAAGAAUGCGUAGCAGAUGCCCACAUACGACUACUUGAUGAAUGCCCGAAUCAAAAAGCUGCUAUUGCCUUGUAUGAAGAGUGCUUGGUACGUUUUUCUGACCCGACAAUCAACUCCAAGGCUGAUUUGGGAGAGAAUUUGACUGGGUGCUAUCCAUUCGAUGUCCCUGGACCUGACUGGGACAAAUUCAAAAUGGUAUUGAUAAAUUUGUUGCAUAACGCUGCGGACGAGGCUUCAUUCCUUGGGCAAAAAGUUUGCUGUCCAAGAAGCUAUUGUCUUCCUAAAACUUCCAGCUCCUUGGGGCAUAUAGACUUUGGCAAUCGUGCAAGAUCAGCAACUUCAUCUUCUGGAUUAAAAUUCACGAAUCUGAAAGAAUCUCCACAAAACAUUCCACGAAGUUAUAAUCGCAGCUCCCUAUACUUUCUGGAAUUGCUUGGCAUCAGUGUGGCGGGAAGCAGAUUGGAUGUUUCACCUACAAUAUUUACAUCAGUAGGAACUGUGAUCGACUCCGGAACAAGUAUCACUUACCUACCGCCACUAGCAUAUACCGCUUUAAGUACGAAGUUGAGGCAAUCAAUGGCUGAUUAUCCACAAGCACCAGCUCAGGAGAAGUUUGACACAUGCUACGAUAUGACAGGGAAUGGAAGGAUUCAGUUACCUGAAAUUACACUCCAUUUUGGAUGUGCGACUGAUGUAAGCUUGAAUCCAUUAGGAAUUGUGUUGAUAACAAAGAAGAAUCCAUACAUAUGUUGCUUAGGAUUCGCAGCAAAUAAAAAAUCUGAAGAUCUUACUGUUAUUGGUAUAAUCAGCAGCGAGAACUCGAUAUUCUCUAUGACAUAG